GGUCAUCAUUGUGAUUGGCACUGUCUCUCAGCUGAGUCAGUGAGUCAGACUGCUGGGAGCAGAGUUUACAGCAUACUAAUGCUUCUGUCAAGCACUUUCCUGCACCAGCCCGAGCGCUGCAGCUAGCUCUCAUUAUGGGAAGUAGCUUAUCUAGAUUGAAACAUUAGCAUUGUAUUAGCAUUUAGAGGUUGCAUUUGUGUUGAUGGGAGGGUACGGCUUAGUGGAAAGGUCCACUCCGGCCUGUCUUCUCAUAUGCACUUAGGCUGCGCUCCAGAACAAAUGGAUAGAUUUUUUCCCCCUCGCUCACUCAAGACUCGGCUCUCCUGAGAUUUCUGAUCACCGAGGAAUUCAGACUAAGCCGUUUCUGAGCACAGAUGGAGGAGCAACAUGUGGAUGGACUGGAAAAAGCUUCUCUGGCCAACUGUGAUGUGGUCGUUGGGGGCUCAUCUCAGCUGAAAGGGAAGGGGAAGCUCUCCUCUUUAGGCAAAAUCUUCAAACCCUGGAAGUGGCGUAAGAAAAGAACCAGUGAUAAAUUCCAGGAUCUCUCCAAAGUGCUAGAGAGGAAAAUUUCCACUAGGCAGACGCGUGAAGAACUCAUCAGAAAGGGCGUCCUAAUUCCAGAUCAAGAGGAUGCGGUGAACACAGAGACUUUAAACGGACAUGCAGUCCCCAGUGGAGUUACUGAGGAGGUCAAAGUGGACAUCGAGUCUCCAGACACCCUCACUGAGGAGAAGACAGACCUUGUGCCAGAUACCAAUGAUGCAGAAGAAAAGAAAGAAAACAGGCCGAGCCCACAGGCCAGCCAGGCUGGAGCUCAGAAGACCACUGCAAAAAAGCAGCAGCCUGCAUCCGUCAAGCCCUCAGGUGGGGCCGCAGGCGCAGGGGGCAGGAAGGAUGGCAAGACAGCGGGUAAAAAGUUGCCAAAGGGCACCAGUAAACAAGCCGCCUCGGCUCCCCCACCCAAACAAACCCCACGAAACACCACCCGUGGGAAUGCUAAAACCCCCAAUCCUAAGAAAACCGGAACCGGAACACCCAAGAGUUCCUCUCAGACCUCGGGACAGGCCUCAACAGCGGGUGCCAAGAACCUCAAGGAGGGUGUCUCAGAACUGACUCCAGUAGACCCCAAACACGGCAAGAAAACCAACCGGUCCAAGUCCCCCCAGCCUCGUCCCAAAGCUCCAGCUGACCCGGACCAGGCGGGAGGAAGCACCUCAGCAAAAGACCAAAGGAACGGGGCCCUGGCCUCCAGCACAGAGGAGAAGGCAGUUAAGGAGACACCUCAGGUUUGUGAGGACGCUGCUAAGCAGCCAGAUUCUUCUGCAGAGCCGGAGAGAAGUCAGCCCCAUGUGAACAAAGCCACAGAGGAGACUUCUUUCACAGAGUCCUCGAAUGAACUGUCUUCAGUCACCACAGGAGAGUCUCCGAGCACAGAGAACACAGAGACACAGGGAGAGGGGAAGACUGCAGCAGAUGGCAAUCAACAGACUGAAGGAAGCCGAAAGCCACAGGGGGUGAAUGUGGAAAAUCCAGGAGUGACCGUUAUUCCUGAUAACAUUCGAGAGAGUCAGUCCACCGACUCCGACUCAGACGGGCCUGUCCUGUAUAGAGAUGAGGAAGAAGAGGAUGAAGAGGAUGAGUACACCUCGAGUUCUCUUGCCAGCAAAAUCCGCCGCAGAGACACGCUUGCCAUCAAACUCGGCAACAGGCCCAGCAAGAGAGAACUAGAGGAGAAGAACAUUCUUCCAAGGACGUCGGAGACGGAGAGGCAGGAGCUGCGGCAGCAGAUCGGCUCUAAACUAGUGAGACGGCUGAGUCAGAGACCCACGACUGAAGAGCUGGAGCAGAGAAACAUUCUGAAACAGAAGAAUGAGGAAGAGGAACAAGAGGCCAAGCAAGAAAUUAAAAGGCGACUUUCCAGGAAGCUGAGCCUCCGACCCACAGUGGCGGAGUUGGUGGCGAGGAGGAUCCUGCGUUUUAAUGAGUAUGUGGAGGUGACUGAUGCGAAAGAUUAUGAUCGGCGUGCUGACAAACCCUGGACCAGGCUGACCCCCGCUGAUAAAGCUGCUAUACGCAAGGAACUUAACGAGUUCAAAAGCAAAGAGAUGGAGGUUCAUGAAGAGAGCAAACAGUUUACCAGGUUCCAUCGGCCCUGAGGCGGUCUCCACCGCGAGCUUUCUGGACUGUGGCCUGUGCUGGGCUCUCUCUUCCUGUCCCUCCACUACGCUUCCUGCUGCGGGGCCAACAGUCGGGCUCCUGUUGCACACCGGCUAUCCUCUGGCGCUGGCUGCGCUUCGGCUGGCCUGUCUCUAGCCAUCGCCGUCAACUGCCCGGGGGGAGCGGAGCACAGCUGAAAUGCAGAGACACAAAGAGAGAGACUGCUGGACGAGAUUAAAUGUGAACGCAGACAGGUGCCUUGGUCUGUCCUGGGAUUUUUGUCGAGUGUUUUUUUUUUUUUUCUUCGUUCGUUUGUUUUUUUUUUUUUUUUUUGCACACACUAAGGACAGGACUUGUACAUUUCUUUUUUUUUUUUUUUUUUUUUACUUUAUUUACCAUGGCCAUCAUCGAAGAUUCACAUUUCGCCUCAGCCAUACUACGAUAUAAGGGACGAACGAACCAUUCCCACAGUAUUAGUCCUAAUCUACAGUGUGCCGAGGAUGUUCAUUUUUGUAUUUGCAGCUGUUUGCAGUUUUUAACGCAGUAAUACAGCAUAAGAGUCCCGCAAUAGCUCUGAAUAUUCAUGCAUGUGGAAAAAAAAAGCAUUUAAAAAAAAUCAUACUCACUUAAUUCUUACCAUUACUUUAAAACCAAGCUGAUAAAGAGAGAGACAUUUACACCAAUGAAACUGUUUGGUAGCCUUGUUGUUGUUGCUAUUGUUGUUAUUAUUAUUAUUAUUAUCAUUAUUAUAUACCAAGACUGGCAGUUUUUCCUGUUACAUGUUUUUAGACCAAAAUAGGCCCAAUAGAAACAUUGAUAUCUGUCUGUCUGACAGAUAUUCAUGACCAGACUAAAUGCAGCCUUGUGUUUUAACACUGCGGUUAAGUUUUUACUGCAUCACGGCCGUCUGAUUUUAUUCUUGCAGCCUCCAUUGAUUUGGCCAUUAGCUGAAUACCGCAUAAACUGCAUAAACAGGGCCAAAUCCACAGGCUUCAGUUUUAAGUGUCAGAACUGGACCCUGAAAAACAUGCUUGAAAUUUUAUUCUCCAUACAAAAAGAAAAAUUACACACAUUACUACACAGCAGAUUUAUAGGAUUUUUGCAUAACAUGAGUUAAUUGUGUUUCUUCUGCAUGUUGUCUCAACAAAUGGAACCUCAUCAUCCUUUCACUUCUGAUUUGGACCACUUUGUGUGUUUUUAUCAGAACAUGUGAAGCUAGUCAGGUUAAAUAAAGUGGAUUUGAGGAAACAGCAAAUCCAUUUUACAUAUUAGCUUUUCAGUAAAAUAUUAGCAUUGUUACAUUAUAUUGUCAGAUGCUGUGGGAUUAAACGUAGAGCAGAUCUAAAGUCAGAAUGAUGUUAUCAGACAUGUGAGUUUAUUGAGUGAGAGUAUUAUUUUAUCAUUGCAGACGUAUAUCCUGGAAAAUGUUUAAAUUAUUUUUAAUCAGUUGUUGUACAGAAUGUGCAUAUUAUACAUGUGAAUACAUCUAUUAUGUUGUGAA